GCGAGAUGCUGGGGCGCGCGGGGACCCGGGGCUGGACGGCGGCGCUGUGCUUGCUGGCGCUUCUGCCUUCCAGGGGCGCCGAGAUCAAUCCCACCAUGCCCGUGGCCAAUGGGUCUUCUCUCCUGGAGGCAUCUCCCACAGUACUGGUGCCAGAGCUGAAGUCCAGGCCCACAACCCUUUCUCCAACCAGCACUCCUGGGAGCACCAGCCUGCAGCCUGCUGUGGAGGACAGCAAAGGCACCACAGCUGCUCUCCCAGAGCCUGCAGCCAACAUCACUGCGGCCACCAUGACCACUUCUACUCCUGGCAAUGGGACAACUUUCCCUGCUGGGACCCCAGCCACUACCACACUCUCUCCCACCACACAUGAGUCUGCAGCCCCAGAGACGAGCCCAACAUCCAGCACAGCCCCCACUGAUACCAUGGUGCCCUCUGAAAAUAGCACAAGCCCUGAGACACCCUCGCUGGAGACCCCAACGUCACCAUCUCCUGCCACAAACAUUAUCCAGUUCACACUCGGCUUCCACCCCUCCUGCUGCACUGGCUCCUGUGUUGCCUUGGACUGGAGCAGUUGGAUGGGCACUGGAGCCCUGAAGCUGCCCACAGUCCUAUUGGGAGGCAGGGGAGAGAUCAAAUGUUCAUCUGUGAAGGAAGUGAGAGUGAGCCAGAGCAUCUGCCUGCGGCUGAACCAGACCUCCAGUUGUGUGCCCUUCCUCAUACCCCAGGCUAAGAACCCAAUUGAAUCUUUCUGCUCCAUCCUGAUGGUCCUGUACACCUGUGAGGCAUGUCAAGAGUGUCAGCAGUGUCAUACAUCAUCAACUCUGGGAGGGACCCUUGCCAAGCACGGCAAGUGCUUCCUGCUCACAUCCGGGGCUAAGCCAAGUCCUUGGACCCUGCCCCCCGCCAUGGCUGCUGUUCCACCUGUGGGCUCUGGUGGUGCCGGCUACAGCCUUGACCUUUGGCCAGCACUGGGCAGUGGGGAGGACUUUCUGAGGGACAAUGGUGAGGCACUAGCCCGUGUGCUGUGUGCUGGGGAGCCUGAGGCUGGGCCCUGCUCCUGGCGACUGGCCCAGUCUGAGGUCGCCCCCCACUGCCUGCUUCUGCUUAUGGCCAACCUGACAGAACUUUCCAGCAAGCUCCAGUUCCUGAGACAGCAUCAGUCUGAGCUGAGGAAGCUGGGGAUCCACGAGCUCUCUGAGGAGGAUGUGGCAAGACACCAGAGCUACUCCCGCAAGACGCUCAUCGCCCUGGUCACCGCCGGGCUGCUGCUGGCCGUGUUGGGCAUCGCUGGCUACUUCCUGAUGAACCGGCGCAGCUGGAGCCCUGCUGGGGAGCGGCUGGGUGAAGACCCCUACUUCAGCGAGAAUGGGGGUGGCCCCAGAGCCUCCCCCGAGAGGCAGCCCAAGGCUGCCACCAGCCAUGGGGCUCAAGAAAACGGCCGGGCCGCCCCCAGAAAUGGUCACUCGGCGCCACACGCAGUGGCCGACACGGAACUGUGACAGGGCCCUGUUGGCCCGACCCUGGUCCCCCACACCUGACCCCAUGCCUGACCUGCCUCACCUUCACGGUGAACAGUCCCAGACUCUGGUUCUGCUGGGGGGUCCCUUACUUCCUCCUUAACCUCAAGGUGACCAGCCUCAGGCCCUGGAUCUGCUGGGGGCUCCCUGCUGCCCCAUGUUCUUUCUGAGGGCGACGGUGGGCUUUCUGAGCUGGAGGAGGGGCAGCGGUGUGGAGGGAAUGACUGAGGCCCUGUUGCCCCUGAACUCUACAUCAACGUCUACUCCUUGAAGGGUGCUACACCCCUGCAGUCAGGACCCAAGUGUCCUCACACCUGUCACUGCCUUCUGACCUCUCCUGCAUCCCCUCUCUGGGAUGUAGAGCCCCAUGAGUCUGGGCUCUCCCUAUGUUGGCCAGGGUGGGUACAGGGAUAUCUGUACCCCCCCCAGACCCUGCGCAGCACACCAAUCCCCAUCCUGACUCCUGGACUGAGUCAGUGCUCAGACCAGUAGAUUCCACUUGCCCUGGCCACCUACCCCAGGACACCACAGUGCCUCCAGAGUUGGCUUGUCCUGUUCCAAUGACUGUUGGAAAUUAGAACUUUCCAGACACAGGGCGAUGGGGGAUGUGUGUGAAUAAAGAGCAGCGUGUAAGUGCUGUA